AUGGUGGUCCUUAUCACCCUGAGUGCCUCUAUGCAUACCACCAUUGUCCCGAAUCCCCUCCCUCCCGUACAGGGGGGGGAGCAUGCACCACCUCCUCCGAGUGAGCCUGGAGAUCGGGAAACGGGCGCCUCUUGGCGGUGGGUGGACGAGGAGGAAGAGGAUUCCGAGAAAGAAGAAGAGAUAGUCGAGUCCCCUGCAAAGAUGCCAAGGAUCUAUAGCAGCGACAACAUAGAGGCCCUUAUGAGAAGAGGAGGGCAACCUACGAAGGAGGUGGAAGACAAGACCCGGAAAGAAGAAGGGGUACAACUCGUGGAGAAAGAAGUGAUCGUGAAGUCAAAGGCGGCUGCCCCAGGUACCCCUUGCCCGGGGACGCCAUUCAGAAAGACAGAACCCGUGGUAAGGCCCUACGCCACAGGGAAUAGAGCCAAAGUGCAAGAAGUACUUGAAGACCCUGAAGCUUUCAAUCAAGCCAUGGAAGAAUUUCAGUCAAACAAAUUUGCCCAAUCCAACCAGGACACCCACAAGGCAAGAGUAUCCUGGUGGGAGCACAGAGCGGUCAGUUUGGAUGUGAAGCCUUUACCCUGGACCCGCACAGUCAUUGACAUGGCGGGAGCUUUGCUGAAAGCGGGGCAGUAUAGAUCAGCGGCUCAGUACUUCGCAAGUUUCAAGCGAGAACACCUGGAGAUGGAAGCGGCAGUGAGGAAGAUGAAACAUGUGCAGAUUGACGAAGGGGGGCACGGAUGCGGCGUGGUCUUGCUCUAUCUCCCGGCCACGAAGGUUGACACGAAAGGAGAAGGGGUGCUACGGAGGCAGGGAUGUCUCUGUGCUACAUACCCUCAUUUGUGCCCGGUGGCUGCUGCCAAGAGACUCAUGCAGGUGGCAACGGAGAACGGCCAUCAGGAAGAAGACCCAUUCCUUGUUACCAGCAAAGCGAAGACACCUCCGCCUCCGACCAAGGCAGGAAUUGGUUGGAGCAUUUCGGCGACUGGCCAUUGCUAUAGGCACACGGAGGAGGAAGCGCAGCAAGUGACGGGGCAUGCACUCCGUCCAACGGGAGCUCAGUUUAUGGCCAGGCUGGGCAUCGACUUUUAUAAAAUCCAGUUGUUUUGCAGGUGGGGCAGUGAGGCCAUCCUGAGAUACCUCAGGGAGGUACCAUUGGAGGACUCGGACCAAUGGUUGGCGGCAAGCCUCUCAGUGGGAGAAGUGAUGACACACUCAGCCAGGGCAUUGGACAUGCAGACCGAUCAUCCAAAGUCUCGAAAGAUGGUCAAGGCGAUUCAGAAUGCCUUGGAGACGAGGAGCACUCAGAUUCUUCAGAGUGCCAACCAAACCAAGGAAGAGAUCGAGUAGAUUUUGGAGGGAUUGCGCAAUAAAUCCCUCCUGAUGAAUGCGCUCAAUGUGAAUAGCAAUGCUUUCCAUGCUGUGGAGGAUGCUUUUUCGACCGGUUGCGGCUGUGAGUACAGAAACC